UGUUCCAGCGCGCCUACCACUCCAUCCGGCGGCCGCUGGGGGGCACCGGCUGCACCUUCUACCCCGCCUUCCCGCCAGCUGACGACAUGGUCACUCGGAUCAACGGGCAGUGCAGCGGCUCGCAGGUCGCCUCCUGCCCGGUGGACCGCUGCGAUCCCGCCGUCACUCGCUCGCCCUGCGCCAACGACACAGCCACCCGCUGCGACCUCAAGACGUGCGCAGGCAAGUUCAUGUACUACAACGCCAUCAUGCCCUCGGAGGAAUGUUACGAGCUCUACACCUACCGCACCUCCGGGCUGCCGGUCAACUGCUACGGUCAGCGGUACAUCAACAAUCGCAUUCGGGAGAUCGAGCUGCAACAGGCGCUUGCGAACGCCACAGCGGUGCAGGCGGCAGCUGGACAGGCAGCAGCAGG